UGACAGUAGUCAAAGGUGAAGCAGUGUGAGAAGAUGAAGCUUCUACUGAGCAAUCUGCUGCUGGCCUCUCUCUAUGCUAUCUCAUCUUGUAGUGUUUCAUCUACAGCCAGACUUGUUGUGACCCAGAGUCAGAAUCUUUCUGUCACUGAGGGGGAGACAGUAAACAUCACCUGCUGCUGCACAGGCGCAUCAGAAAGAAUGAGAUUUAACUGGCUGAAAAAUGAAACACAUAUUAAGAAUAAUACUAUCAGCUCCUCCGAGUUCCAGAAAGAGAAGUCGCCGUACUGUUCAACUUUGACCUUUUCAAAUAUCAGAAGAGAAGAUUCAGGGAACUACAUCUGCAAAGUGUCUCUGGAGAUACCGGUUUGGGAUUCCGGCGAAGGGAACGGCACAUUCAUCAGAGUUAAGACCAGAGAGAACACAGGAGACAACACAGCUGGCGAUGGACUUCCAGGCCACCCCACCCCGACCCCCAUGAUCAUUGCUGUAGUGGUCCUGUUGCCCCUCAUCACCCUCGCCUGUUUCUGUGUUCUGCGAAGGCGGCGAGCACAAGCAGCGAGGGUGAUCUAUGAAGUUCCCCACAUUGACUCUGAGGAGGCAGACAAACGCAGCACCGGCUCCUCCAGAGGCUCUUCCCAGUGGUGUCAGGUACCAGUGUAUGAAUCCUUCGAUUACUUUGAACGUGUGCAGACCAAAGAAAGUGGAUGAGGAUCUGCUCAGCGGAAGUUCUUCAUCUUCCAAUACUUUAUAUCCUUACUUUUCUGCAUGUAUAUAAUGUACAUUAAUUUACUUAACUUUACCGGAAUUUUUUUUUUUUAAAUGUAUACGAGUGCAAAAACAUUUUUCUACAACCUAAGCCUUAUUAAUCUUGGUGGUUCAUUUCAAUAAUGACAAGGUGUGUUCACUUAGAGACAGGCUUACUUGUAUCAGACUAACAGGAGAAAAGUAGUUGCUUUUGUUUUGAUCAUACUACCAGCUAGUACGUGAGCCACGUUAGUGAGUGGUAUUUAUUCCGUUGUAAAGAUGCAAUCACAAUGACUUCAGCACACAAUAAGGACACUCAGUGGAAACUGUUGGGUUAUGGGGUUGCUCACAUGUAAAAGGUCGAUGACAGGAAGUGGAAACAAGCGCCUUUGAAGGUCCAAGUAGUUUCUCACCAGCCUUGUUGAGACUUAGACUAGAUCAAGAAUUAGCCCAAUUGGUUAAUGAGCACUUCAUACUUUACCCAAUAGGGGGUAAGUUUCAGUUUCCAAGUUUUUCAUUCCAAAAGAUGUUCUCCAAGUGCCCAGAAAGAUAAAAAUGUUUGCCUCGGGAAAAAGUAGAGCUUUAACUUAACAUUUUCACUGACUGUGUGACUUUGCUUUGUGCUUCUUGUCCUAUGCACUUGCUACUAUGGUAGGAAGUGUGUGACAAGAUUGGCUUUUAAACAUUAGUUUUGGCCCGUGCAAACAUUUCAUCAUUCUGGUAAGAUAGGACAUCACAAAAAUAGCUUUGAACAAACAUCCUGCCACUGAAUAGCAGGUAAAAAAUAACAUUUUCUUUUUUCCCUUACGGUUUGCAUAAGGAAUGCUAACAUGACCAAAUAAUGGACUAAUGUGCGGAGUGCUGAGGUCACAAAUGGGGCAAAUACAAAAAUUUACUAAAAACUUUAAACAUCACAUCGUUCUUCUGCCAACCUUUAGCGUGAUUUUAGUUUGCUUUCAGUAAUGUUUAUUCUCUUGCUUACAGUUCUUUACCGUAUUGUAUGCUAAAUUGUUAGCAUGUACACUGAAUGGUGCUAUAGCCCAUGCCAGAUGAUUUCAUUGUCCCAUUACUUCAACAUAUUUAAUCUGUGGUAAUGACUAAGUCAUAUUGUGAAAGUAAUGAUUAAAAUGUCAACACAUUCUGACCUGAUUGGCGCCUAUUGAUUCCCUAGAUGUUACAGAGACACUUGAAGCAAUGAGUCAGCCCGUUUCAGGAUGAUAAAGAGUGUGAAAGGCUACGAAAAGACACUCCUUUACUGUACUAUCCCUUACCUGCAUACCCACUCAAAUGAUCUAUGACCUAUAUGACCAAAAGGUGUUAACCAGCAUGCGUUGUGACUGAAACUUUUGCACCUUUUUUUUUUUUUUUGCUUUUGUUUGCAAACACCACGUUCACCACAUAGCUGGGAUAAAGUGACACUGUAAAGUGCUUUUGCUAUAACGCACGCACAUAAAUUGCACGUGUAUUUGUGUUACACUGCUGUAAUGGGCCUGUAACAUUUCAUUCAUAUUGGUGUGUCAUGGAGUCCAACUUCUUAAAUGCGUCCUCCAGUAACACAUUGUGGAUGCAAAAUGUUGGGCCCAUUAUGAUGUUGCCUUGUCGUCGUCUUUGGCGUACUCUAUUGCAGCCAGAGCGGUGCCGCAGCUGAGCUGUUGGUUGUCUGACCAGAGAAAUGCUUUUAUACGAUAUAUAUAUCAAAUAUAUUGUAACAGAGCACUGUUUCACGGAAACUUGGCCGGGCCAGGCUACCAGAGAGAACAGAAACAUGCAGACACAUAUGCUCAUGUACUUUUACACAGCUCAAGUUUUUCCUAAGCCUACAAAGCAGAACAGAGAAUCCCAAACCACAGUUAUUGCAACGACAGUGGCUUUGAAUGUGUGACAGUAUAAUCUAGUGAUGAUACACAAAGUGACAGCUGGUUUAUACCUGACAAUCUUCCAUUAAGUCAGUGUAUUAAUAACCAAAGUUCUGUAGGGUCUGUGAGGUAACGUGCACAUUGGGCGUAGUUAGUGUUUGUGUUAACACAGGUGGAGCCACCGCCUUUAUCAAACACUUAAGUCGUUGUACCUGACCUUUUGAAGCAUGUCUUAUCACUGGUCCCAAACCCAUUUUUCUAGAGGUAUAAAAGGAGUCACCCUCUCUCUUCUCCCACUCCUGACACAUCUACCGCUCCGCUGACCCGCGCCGUUCUUUGAUUUUCCCCUUUACUGUGGUAACCAACUCUCAAAAGCAGCAACCAUGACCCAGCUAGAGGUAUCCCUGGCCAUGCUGAUGAAGACCUUUGAUACAUACGCUGCUGGCGAGGGAAAUCCUGACACCCUAUCCAAAGCUGAGACCAAGACUUUGCUGGAGAAGGAGCUGCCUGAACUGCUCAAGGGAGCGAAGAACCAAGAUGCGGUGGACAAGCUGCUGAAAAGUCUGGAUUUCAACGGAGACUCCGAGGUCGACUUCAGUGAAUUUGUGGUGCUGGUAGCUGCUCUGACCUGCGCCUGCCACAACCGCCACCUGAAGAAGUGAGCAGAUCUACCGCACCCUCGGGCGAGGCCAACGGCGGCAUGAAAUCCCCACAGAAACUGCUUUUAGUAGCUGCUGAAUAAAG